AUGGCGGAGGGCGGCGAGCCGGUUAUCCUCGAGGACUACCUGCUGGUGGAAGAUGUGCCUCUGCUGGAGGAGAUGGCCGAGGAGGACCAAGAGCUCGACCUGUACAACGAGAUGACUUUUGGGUUAGACCGAGACUCCACUGAGGAGGAUGCCACAAAACCCUUGAUGCCUCUGGAGAUGAGCCCUGAGCUGGCCGAAGUGGUGGCAGAGGAGACCGAGGUCAGGGAGGAACCAGGAUCUGGAGUGAUUGAGCAGCUGGAGGAGCUGGGAGAGCCCCAGGAGGAAGGUGGGAUGGAGCUGGAGGUUGAGCAGGUUGGCUCCGAGUUGGAGGAAGAGGAGGAGGAUCUGGGGGCUGACGAACAGGAGGAAGACCAGGAGCCUUGUGAGGAGCCCAACGACCUGGGAGACCCGGCAGUGAUGAGAGUUGUGCAGAGUAAACCCACACUGGAGAGCCAGGACUCGGCAGUGCUGGACAGCAGGAUUGGCGCUUGCUGGGCAGAGUUCGGCAAAGAGGACAUGCUGGCAAUGGAUCCUGCGGUGUGGGGCUCCUGCCCCGGCAGCAUCCCAGCUCACCAUGUGCUGGAGGAUAAAGCCAUCCUCCAGGUCCUUGAGAGGCCCCCACCUUCCACCAACGUGGCCCUCGACUUUCUCGGCUCCCCGGUGCAGAGAGGAUACGGGGGCUCUCCCCGGCUCAAGCGCCCUGACUUCAGACUGAUAUCCCCCAAGUCCUUCUCCCAGCGCUUCCUUCGGCAGGUAAUGGGUUUUGGGGGACUCUUGGAUUCCCCCUUCCUCUGUCCUCCCCUCCCCAGAGGUGCAGCCUUGAGGACAGGCUUGUCCCAGCGACACCUCCCAUCUCCUGCCCUGCAGCAGUCACCUCUGAUGCCUCGCUCCCCAUGCUCCACUCGGCCCUUCACGCCGGCUCACAGACCCUCUCCACUCUUUGCUUCCAACCAGACCACAGGGUACGCGUCUCCGACCCCUUUCCGGCCCAUGUCGCCCAAUAUCAGCAGCCCGCCGCGGCCUCUUGCCAUGCACUUUGGUCCCAUGUCUCCCUCUUUGGACCCUGCUCUCUUCUUCAGUCCGUCAGCCAGCGGCCAGCUGAACCUCAGCGCACCCAGCCACAUGACCCAGCUGCACCCCCAGCACCAGCGAAUCUUGACCCAGCGGCGGCAGCAAGGCGGGCAGGCGCAGAGCAUCUCCCCCAAGAAGUUGUGGUCUCCUAAAGUGGACCCUUAUGCCAGGCUGAUGACCUCCAAGGAGAAGGACUGGGUCGUCAAGGUGGAGAUGAUCCAGCUGCAGAGUGAGAACAUGGAUGAUGAUUACUACUAUCAGACGUAUUACCACCGACUGGAGCGCAAACAGGCAGAGGAGGAGCUGCUCGGCGGGCGCAACAAGCAGGAGCCCCCCAAGCUAGUCACGCCGUUCAUCCAGAAAGUGGAGACGUACGACUCCGUGGUGCGCAUCGCAGGCUCGCUGGGCCAGGUUGCGGUGUCCACCUGCUACAGCCCUCGACGGGCCAUCGAUGCUGUGCACCAUGCCCUCGUGGAGGAGGCUGCGGGGAGCCACCGGCUUCGGGCCCUGCACAGGAUCGAGAAGCUCUUCCUGCAGCUGCUGGAAGUGGAGGAGAUGCAGCGGAAGAUGUCUUUGGCCCUGGAGGAGCAGCAGCCCUGCUGUCAGGAACAGAAGAGCCAAGAAGUGGACCGUAUCUACCAAGCCUUGAAAAUCAGGGCUUGCAGCAGCGAAGAGGAGGCAGAGGAUGAAUUCCUGCAACUCCUGUGUGUGCAGAAGGGCAAGAAGCUCGUGGUCCGGCUGCUGCCCCACCUGACCCAGGAGCAAGCGGAGAAGAUCCUGCUGACCAUCACUCACCACCUGCCCUUCCUCAUGAAGAAGGACGCGUUGGACGAGUCUCUCCCCCUGCUCUACAGCCCGUUGAACGAGGUGGUGGGCGGGAUGACCUUCAGCAAACUCAUCGAGGUCCUGCAGGAGAUGACCAGGCCUCUGCCCGAGUCCCCUGAGCUUCCCCUCGCCAUGGCCUUGAGGAACCAGUUCGGGAUCUCCUUGCUCUACUGCCUGCUGAGCCACGGCGAGAGGUUGCUGUCUUCUGACGUGCCGCUGGAGCCGCGCAGUGGCGACUUCGAGACGUGGACAGACACGGUGUUCCUAGUCGCCCGGGAGCUGUCGCAAGUGCCCAAGGCCUCACUGGUGGAGCCUCUCUUCUUGCCCAGCAACCUUCUCUCGCUCUUCUGCCGCUACCUGGACAAGCAGACUGUCCACCACUUGGAAGCCAAGAUGGAGUGCUCUGCGCUGCCGUCGGAAGCUGCCAUGCCAUGCUGA